AUGGAGUUGGAGGAUCGUGAAUCGGCAGGUACCGACUAUGUCUUGGCGAUGCUGGGCGCGCUCCUUCUGGCAGCCUGGUUUCUUCCAUUGGAUGCCUCGGAUCAUCUUGGCCAAGGUCUGAAAUACACGACAGGCAUAUCGGGAGCACCUCCAAGCCACGGCAGGCUGAAGGGGCAGGACUCGCUUGAAAGCCAGGUCUUUGGCAUUGGUAUUGCGCGUUGGACUGACCACAAGCGUUACGGUGAUGAUGCUGUGGGCACGCGGACUUUCUCGCCGGAGAAGGCCGAGAGCCGGACGCGAUGGAAUGGCCCCAACACCGGGCCGGGGCCGGAGUGGGGUUUACCAAAUGACGGCGAGUUUCUCUCGGCUCCUCCAAAGGGUCAAAACACUACGCUCACGCAUUCGCCCGGGCGAAUCUCCAGGGACUCUUCAGUGAGAAGAGCUGCCAAUGAGGGCCAUUCCAGCAAUAAGGCAUUUGCCCUCGAACUAGAUCCAGGCGCACCAACCAUGGAGCGGUAUAUCUCCAAGCCUGGAGCUACUGCAACGCCCGCUCCUCAAGCCACCAUUUGGCCCUAUACCACUCCAAUGGGCGCCAUUCCCGAACAAGCGCCGCAAGACGGGCAUCCGGCGCAAUCUCCAGAGCAAGCACCAGAUAUUAUUGAAGCUGGUGGCGAUGCGAGCGACGAUGAGUUCCAGCCUAGCGAGUGGGAUGCUUCCUCAUCGGAUGCAUUUGGUCAAAGGCUUAUCAGCUUGGACAAUCAAAGCUAUCACUCAUUUCGGGAUGGAAGAAAUCCAAUUCCAAACGAUGAUAUUGAAAGAAAAAACCGCGAAGAAACGAAGCAUGCGAUAGUCAUGGAGCUCACUGAUGGCAAGCUGUUCCAUGCUUCUAGAGGCGACUCGCCCAGCAAGAUUAUUGAUUCCGGCACGGGCACCGGCAUAUGGGCAAUGGAAGUUGGGGAUCACAACCCUUCCGCCGAGGUUACUGGCGUAGACUUAUCGCCGAUUCAGCCAAGCUGGGUGCCUUCCGACGUUCGCUUCUUCGUCGAUGAUGUUGAAGAUGACUGGCUGGUAAGUGCUCUACUGCCUGGCGAAAUGAGAUCUCUGAACUGGAGGGUGUUGUCGCUGACAAUGAGCGAUAUUCCUUUGUCUGGAAAUGAUUUCGAUCUCAUACAUAUGCGAAACUUGGCGUCUUUUGCUGGAGCUUACGUCGAAACCCAAGACUUCGGCGCCAAUGUGAAGAGCGAUGACGGAACCAUGCCCGAAAACUGGCCCUUGUUGGAAUUCUGGUCCGAAAUCCGCGACGCCAUGCACAAAAUGAAGAUUGACAUCCAAGUCGCUCCGCGCAUCGGUGCGGUUAUGAAAGACGCCGGCUUCGUCAACGUUCAAGUGAAAUCAUACAAAGUGCCGGUUGGAAGAUGGCCUCUCGACAAGAUCAAGCGUCUGGUUGGACAUUACAUGCGCUCUGUGACGGAGGACCAUUUGGGCGCCGCUGCGAGCAAACCUUUGGCGGCUCUGAGAAUGGAACGGACGGAGAUCGAGGUAUUUCUCGCGUCAGUUCGGAAUGCGAUCAAGGAUCCGAAUGUGCAUGCGAAGCUCGCUUCUACACUGAGGGUUAUCUUGAAUCUAGAUUCCCAUGGAGAAUGGGUCAACACUGGUUCCCUAGCAUUGGAAGAACAUGAAAUUACAAAUACCCACACCGUCGAUCGAAUUCAUCAUCCGUGUUCACAGCAAUCCGAAAAGGUUCUAGACCACCUGCGAGGCGCCUCGGCCACAUUGGUCAGUGAGCUAUCGACAGGUCUCAUGCAACCCAAAAAGCUGCCCAUGUAG